AUGCAGGUGAGGGGCCCGGACAGCACCACUGUGAUGGCAGGCAGGAGGAGCAGCUGGAAGAACCGGAUUGUAGCUGAUGAACCAGGUGAAUCCAGGAAGGGGGUUCUAACACCCGGCUUGGUAACUGCAAAGCUUUCAGCCAAAGACGCUGAGAUCCUGUUCUACAUUACCUACAUUGGCUGUGGUAUUUCUCUUCUUGCUCUGGUUGUCACUGUUUUGCUCUUCAUCACCAACAGAAAACUCAGAGCGGAUGAUUCCAAGAAGAUCCACAUCAGCCUUGCAGUUUCCCUCAUCCUCCUAAAUGUCCACUUCCUCCCCAGCCAGGCAGUGGCUAAGACGUCCUCCAAUGAGCUUUGUCUUUAUGUUGCUCUUCUUCUUCACUACUCCCUGUUGGCCUCUUUCACCUGGAUGGCCCUGGAGGGCUUCCAUCUCUAUCUUCUCCUGGUCAAAGUCUUCAACAUCUAUGUGAGGAGAUACCUGCUCAAACUCAGUGUGGUGGGAUGGGGUCUUCCUGCAGUGGUUGUGGCAGUUAUGGUGAUCAUUGACAAAGACAACUAUGGUCGUGUGCCCCUGGACUCAUCUAAACCCAAUGGAACUGCAAUAUGUUAUAUAACUGAUGACACGGCGAAGCUGGUGACCACAGUGGGACUGUUCAGCCUGGUGUUCCUCUUUAACGUGAUCAUGUUUGGACUGGCAAUCAAAUGGUACAUGAGUGCUGACUUACACAAGGAGCAUGGACGGAGUAAACAUCACAAAGCCAAGCAAGAGAUUUGCACCCUGCUGGUGCUCAUGGUUCUGCUGGGCCUCACCUGGGGCCUGAUCUUCUUCUCAUUUGGCCACCUGACCACCCCUGGACUCUACAGCUUCUGUAUACUGAACUCUUUGCAAGGUUGCUUCAUCUUCAUUUACUUUGUGUUGAUGUGGAAGAAUUCAAAAGAUGCUGCUAGCAAGCUAAGCUCUUCUAAAGUACAAAGCUCUGACACUGGAACACAAGCAAAGUCCCACCCAUAAAGAUGUGAUUGAAAAAUCUUAGCCAUCUAUUGGUUGCUAAACAAGUGCUUACUCGUUGGACUCAUCUGCUGCCUGGUUUACUCUGG